AUGCAAGACUGUUGCAGCAGGCCGCUCGCCAGGAGACGGAGGUGCCCCUACCGCCGCGGCCGUGUCCAGUGCCGAGGUUGUGGCUUGGCAUCCUCCUCUCUCUUCACCUUCCUGCCUGGAGCUCCCGAGCCGCAGCAGACGUUUCCAGACCUGCCCUUGGUGGCCGUGCCGGAGGAAUCAGGAUUCCAAGACGAGAGCGCCCAGCUCGGUGACUGGCUGGUCAGCCGGGAGCUCCUUGUGGCUUUUCAGCUUGCCGAAAGAGAAGCUCGCAGUUACGGGCACUUCUGCAUUGGAGAGGAGGCUCUUGUCCUGGGCAUGAUGGCGAACCGUUCCCUUGCAGAAGACCUUUGUGGCCGCAAGCUGAGGUCCAUGGCAAAGACCAUGGCCAAGAUGGCCCUUACCCAUGCAGAUGAGCCACUGGCAGAUGUUUUCUCUUCAAGCUCGCCGUGGCUGCAAUCUGGAUCCAGCAAGUUUAUGCUGAGCCGCGGGGUGCAUGCAGCUCUGGCUGAGGCCUCUGCUUGGAAACGGCUCCUCCAGCACACGGGUGCUCUGCAGAUAGAGCAUUUGGCCCUGGCCUUGUUGGGUCAGCAUCGCUUGGAUGGCCAUCGAGCCAACUAUCGCGUGCUGGGCCAUCUGCUCGAGUCUUUCGGCUUGCAGGUGGUGGACGCGAAGCGCGCAGUCUUCGAGCGGUUGCCGGGCACGACUGCGAGGAACCAUGCUGCUGCUACAGAGCUUAUUAGCCAAGCGCUGCGAAAAGGCUCAGGUGUGACUCUUGCAUCAAAAUCUUCACAGAUCUGGCCGUGCCUCCUUGCGAGCUCACUGGAGCGCAUGACUCGCGGCUUCAAAGAGCGCGCUGUGGAAGCAAAGAUUCUGCUGCUGGCUGCCAUUGCAGGUGAGCACGUGCUGCUUCUAGGCCCGCCGGGAACCGGAAAGAGCAUGCUAGCAAGGCGCCUGGCAUCUGUCUGCGACGGGCAGUAUUUUGAACGUCUGCUGACUCGGUUCACCCUUCCGGAAGAGGUUUGGGGGCCGCUGUCCCUUCAAGCCUUAGAAAGAGAGGACCGGUUGAUGCGACAAACCGCUGGAUAUCUCCCAGAGGCAGAGGUCGCAUUCUUAGACGAAGUGUUCAAGGCAUCUCCCGGUGUGCUAAAUUCCCUCAUGUCAAUCUUGAACGAAAGGGUCUUUGACAAUGGGAGCGAGCGCCAUGAAAUACCACUAUGGUGCAUGGUCGGUGCAUCAAACGAAUUGCCAGAGAAUGACGUGCUGGAUGCUUUGUACGACCGUUUCCUCCUGAGGAAGAUGGUCGGCCAUGUUUCGGACAGCCAGUAUCACAGUUUCCUUGUAGAUGAGUUGGCCACUCCGAGUUCUACCACAGCCUCUUCUGAGUCCAGUCGGGACAAGAUUAUUGACUGCCACCUUUGCCGUCAAGCCUGCAGCUGUGCAUCUCAGCAGGUCAAGGUGCCUCAGCGUUUGCUGAAGCUACUGGCUGACCUGCGAGAGUACCUUCAGCAUAGCGCGGCUUUGCCCGUCCUCCUGUCUGAUCGUCGGCUCGCGAAGGCGACGCGCUUGCUUCAAAUCGCAGCCUUCACCUGCGGAGGCGUCGAAGUUUCGGAGCUGGAUCUUCUUCUGCUUCAGCACGUCUUCUGGGACAGGAACCCUGAGCAAGGGGAGCAGGUCCGACAGUGGCUGCUGGAAAACUGCAGCUCGCACGCAGAAGAGGCGGCUCUCGCCGUCGCACAGAAGCGCCUGAACCGGAUUCGGGACAAGCUAUCCGGGCCUGGCAGGUUUCCCGGCGUGAGGCGGGCGACAUGGCAUUUCCCAAGUCCUAGCAGAAUCGGGGAAGCAUGUCAAAAGGUAGCGGUGGCAAAGCCGGCUUGCCAGAUGACCAUGCUUGCCUUACAGGGCUGUUCAGGGACGCCUCUCUAG